CACAAAGCACUAGGACCAUGAAGAUUCUUGUCUUUCCCCGGUGUUAUUGUAUAAGUCAUGGAUGAUGGAGUUGUACGGCGUGAGUUUAUGACGUUUUGAAUGAGCAGACGUUUUGAAUGAUUUAACAUCGCUGGAAUAAUCAUAAUUCAUCUGAAGGGAUAGUUAUUGAAGGACGCACUCGAAAGACUUGAAGGUGACGCUGGAAACAGAUAUUCUUCGUGUGGAUCCAUCAUCAUCUUCAUCAUGGUGGAGAUGAAGAGUUUCUGUGAGGCUGGCGUCUCCAUGCAGCAGGUCUGGGUGGAGGGCGGCCUGACUCUGUGUUUCUACUUCACCCUGGUGCCAUCCGUCCUCCUCACCCUCCUCUUCCUCUUCGGCACACUGCUGUGUAUUUGGUACAGCCGCUAUGGCACAGACAUGGAGCCCAAAUUCGUCCCCCGCUCUGGACUGUACCGGCUGCAGGUGGGGCUGUCGGUGCUACUGAUCCUGCAGGCUCUGGGCUGGAUGGUGUUUCGGCUGAGCUGGAGCGCGGAGCUGCCGGGAUAUGUGGUUUUGUAUGGAUGUCUCUCCAUGCUGGGCUGGAUUUGGGCUGUAGUUUUGCUGCGUCUGGAGAGAAGGAAGGUUCUGGUGCGGGACAGAACCAGAGGACACAGUACUGUACUGUUGCUGUACUGGGCAGUAGCUUUCGCAGCCGAUAAUCUGGCAUUUGUGUCCUGGAUGAGCCCUCAGUGGUGGUGGAGUCUGGAGACGUCCGAGCAACAGAUGGAGUUUGCAUUCUGGCUGGUGCGAUACUUCUGCUCAGGUUUGCUGUUCCUGUUAGGCCUCAAAGCUCCAGGUUUGCCCCGCCGGCCGUACAUGCUUCUGGUCAAUGAAGACGAGCGAGACGUGGAGCAUGGAGCGCCCCUGUUGGGUAAUUCUGAUGAGGAUCAGUCUACAUGGAAAGACUUUGGCAAGAAGGUGCGUUUGUUGGUGCCAUACAUGUGGCCUAAAGGAAGUGUCCUGCUCCAGCUGCUGGUUCUGAUGUGUCUCGGGAUGCUGGGAAUCGAGCGCGCCAUCAAUGUGUUUGUGCCCAUCUACUACAAGAACAUAGUGAACCAGCUGACAGACGGGAGCUCCUGGAAGACUCUGGCCAUGACGGUGUGUGUUUAUUGUCUCCUGAAGUUCCUGCAGGGAGGUGGAGCUGGUGCGUCUGGGUUUGUGAGUAACUUGCGUUCGUUCCUGUGGAUUCGCGUGCAGCAGUACACUAACCGCGUGGUGCAGGUGCGGCUCUUCGCUCAUCUGCAUGCUCUAUCUCUGCGCUGGCAUCUGGGCCGCCGGACAGGAGACGUCCUGAGGAGCAUCGACAGAGGAACAUCCUCCAUCAACAGCCUGCUCAGCUACAUCGUGUUCAGCAUCUUCCCCACCAUCGCUGACAUUGUCAUCGCCAUCGUCUAUUUCAUAUCCAAUUUCAAUGCCUGGUUUGGCCUUAUAGUCUUUGUAUGCAUGGCUCUCUACCUCACUCUCACCAUCUUUAUCACUGAAUGGAGAACCAAAUACAGGCGUGAUAUGAACACACAAGAUAACAACGCCAAAUCCAAAGCUGUGGAUUCUUUAUUGAACUUUGAGACGGUGAAAUAUUACAAUGCAGAAAGUUACGAAGUGGGCCGCUUUGAGGACGCCAUCCUGAAAUACCAGGUAUCGGAGUGGAAGACCAAUGCAUCUCUGGCGCUCUUAAAUCAAACACAGAACCUCAUCAUUGGUUUGGGUUUGCUGACUGGAUCUCUGCUUUGUGCGUAUUUUGUGACUGAGGGAAAAUUUCAGGUUGGAGAUUAUGUGCUGUUUGGAACGUACAUCAUCCAGCUCUACACUCCUCUCAACUGGUUUGGAACUUACUACCGAAUGAUCCAGAACUCCUUCAUCGAUAUGGAAAGCAUGUUCAAGCUCUUCACCGAGGAAGAAGAGGUGAAGGAUGAAGUCAAUGCAGGAAACCUUUAUUUCAGACAGGGGAAAGUAGAGUUUGAGAACGUCUUCUUCAGCUACACACAAGGCAAGGAGAUUCUGAAAGAUGUCUCUUUUACCGUUCUCCCAGGACAAACAGUUGCUCUUGUGGGUCAGUCUGGAUCAGGAAAAAGCACCAUCAUCCGUCUGCUCUUCCGCUUUUAUGAUGUUCAAGGCGGGUGUAUAAAGAUCGAUGGCCAAGACAUCUCAAAGGUGAAGCAGUCGUCUCUGCGCGCUCACAUCGGUGUUGUCCCUCAGGACACGGUCCUGUUUAAUGACAACAUUCGAGACAACAUCCGCUACGGUCGAGUCACGGCCACUGACCAGGAAGUGGAGGAAGCUGCAAUCGCCGCCGACAUCCAUGACAAAAUCAUAGGCUUUCCAGAUGGCUAUGAGACUCAGGUGGGUGAGAGAGGGCUGAAGCUAAGCGGAGGAGAAAAGCAGAGAGUCGCCAUCGCUCGCACCAUCCUUAAAGCACCGCAAAUCAUCCUGCUGGAUGAGGCCACAUCUGCUCUAGACACUCAGACUGAGCGAAACAUUCAGGCCUCGCUGGCUAAAGUCUGCGCCAACAGAACCACAGUUGUUGUGGCACACAGAUUGUCAACUAUCAUCGGAGCUGACGUGAUUCUUGUUCUUCGUGAUGGCCAGAUUGUGGAGAGAGGAAGGCAUGAAGAGCUGCUGGCAAAGGGCGGCCUUUACUCUGACAUGUGGCAGAAACAGCAGCAGGCGCAGGAUUCAGACUCAGCUUCUGACUCGGAGACUAAAGACAGAAAAUCGGAGAAACUACAGCCACAGACAUCCACUACAGCACACAGGGGACACUAGACAUAAGGGAAUCGCAAUAUACGCCGGUAUUAUGUGCAUUUUUAAGCUCAAAUAGUGCUGUUUAGGCAUGUCCGAUUUUUAAUUGUUAGAUUUUUUUUUGGUUUGCUGCCAGUUUUUAAAGGGAUAGUUCACCCAAACUGAAAACUCUUUCAUCAUUUAUUUACACUUCACGUCUCACAAACAUGUCUGAGUUUCUUUUCUGUUGAAUGCUAAUGAAGUUACUUUGAAAAAUGUUUGAAACCGGUAACCAUUGUCUUCCAUUGAAUUAGUCUUUUCUACUAUGGAAGUCAAUGGUUACCGGUUUCUAACAUGCUUUAAAAUAGCUUUUUUUGUGUUCAACAGAAGAAUCAAACAUGUUUGAAACCACCUGUGGGUGAAUAAAUUGUCAUUUUUCAGUGAUUUUGGGGUUUUUACAUUUUUGUAAAGGAAUAAUUAGCAGAACAUUUUUACAAGAUUUUCACAAUUAAUCCACAGCCUCACCAAACUUUUUUUUUUCCUAAUUUAUUUCCAAAGGGAGAGUAAAGUAACUACAAGUUAUCAUUUUUUGUGCGUACUAUCCCUUUAAUUGUGUAGAGAUUUAUUUAUACACUGCAAAAAAAAACAUGCUUUUUUGUCUUGUUUCUAGUCCAAAUAUCUAAAAACUCUUAAAUCAAGAAGCAUUUUCUAGGCACGCAAAAAAAUAUUCAGCAAAAAUCAGUCCAAGGCACUCAAAAAAGGUGUAAAAACUAUUAAAAAGCCUUUAUUGACAUGGCUAUUCCUUAAAACUGCGCCUACACAUUUCGCCAAAACAAGUGCCUUCAUCAGGGUAACAGUGAUCAUGUGCGUCUGGAGUUUCUUUUAAAUGUUACGGUCUCAUGACUUAUUAGAAUAUCUAAACAAUACUAGAAUAAUAUAUUGAACACAAGGUCAACAUUUGCUGAAACGUGUAGGUGCAGUUUUAAGGAAUAGCCAUGUCAAUAAAGGCUUUAUAAUAUUUUUUCCACAUAUUUUAAGUGCCUUGGACUGAUUUUCGCUGUUUAUUCUGAUGAAUCCUUUACCCAAAGAGCACAGAUGCAUUAUUUAAGCUACCGCUGAGCCCUUUUAGUUUGGAUUUGGAUUUUUAUAUAGGCCAAAAAUAUUGUUUUGUUUCUCAAAAAUAUUACGCCAAAAUUAGGUGAGUUUUUUAUUAAAACGAGCUAAUUUAUCUGCCGAUAGGGUUAGCAGAAUAAUCUAGUCUUUCAUUUUGACAUGCAUUUACUUUGCUUACACCAUUAGCAGAUUAUUUAGCUUGUUUUAAGGAAAACUCACUCAAUUUUGACGUAUUAUUUCUGAAAACAAGACGAUGUUAUUUGCUUGUCUAGAAAAUGCUUCUUGAUUUAAGAGUUUUUAGUUAUUUGGACCAUAAACAAGACAAGAAAUCUAAGUAAGAAAAGCAUGUUUGCAGUGCAAGUAUACCAUAUUUAAGUCAAUAUAACACAUUAAGUCUUCCCACUCAUGUAUAUAAAAUUAUAAAUUCACUUUGUGGAAAAUGAGUGGGAGACCUUAAUAUGUUAGAAUGACUUCAGUAUGUUAUGAGAGAAUCACAUGAUGUAUAAAUCCCUCCAUUGCUGUAUCUUUAAGACAAUACAUCGCUGACACUUUAGAAGGAUGAAUGUACAGUGCUGUUGUCUAUUUAAAUUCACUAUUUAAGUGAUUUAAGUUGCACUGAUGCUCCUGAUAUGCUUAAGGAGCUUCUGAAAACUGAUUGUAAAUGUAAAUACUUCCUACAACUAAAAGCAAUUGUACUAUGUAUUAUAAUGGCCUGAUUUGAUUUUUAAAUUGACUUUUUUUUUUUCUUCUGGUCUAGCUAAAUAAGAGUAAAUACUAUACUUUGGAGGCUAAGUUUAAGAUUAAGUUUAGGACUUAAGUUAUAUUCAGAGGGGAAAAAACAUUUUCAAUCAGAAUAAUAAGUGCUCAUAUUUGUCAGACUGUUUAUUUUCUUAAUCAUUUGUGUAUUUAAAGGUCAGAUGCUGUUUGCCUGGAGUGGUUUUCAGUGCUUAGGUGCAAUAAAUAUGUUGUUCUUCGUCAUCCGUUAAUAUAAAGGGAAAAACAGCUUACAGUAAUGACACUAAACUCGGGGACAAGGUUGAAAUGAGCCAGUGGGAUGAGUUUUUAAGUCCAUGUAUGUCGGUUUUUUAUGAAAUGAAGCUUUCUGGUAGGUUUUUAAUGUAUGAAAUAGUCUCAGAAUUUGCCUUCGGUGAAACAAUUGACUCAAUAAAGAAUUUAUGAAGCCUGGGAAGGUUUUUUAUUGUAUAGUAAAGCAAGAAGGAAUUACAUUUCACUUUGCGACAGACAUAAUUGCAUUUCUGUUAUUAUUGAUUGCAUAGAUUCUGUAUUCUGUGCUGAGAUUUUUGUACAUUAAACACAUAUCACAUGUAAACUGCCUUCAUAUUUUGUAUGUGUUUUAAAUAAAUUGGUGAAAGAGUCUCA